UCUUUAUUUUCUUUGUUUUGGGAGUAAGCUCCGGGCUGGACCGCAUGCAUGACACAACGCAAAGGCGAGAAACCCACCAUCAGCAUCCAAGAACACAUGGCCAUUGACGUGUGCCCUGGUCCCAUCCAGCCUAUCAAGCAGAUCUCUGACUACUUCCCCCGUUACCCGCGGGGCCUCCCCCCUGCUGCGCCCCAGCAAGCGGGCAACGUCGGGCCCCUGCGCCCUGCCCUCUCCACCUCUACGGCUGCCGCCUCCUCGACCACCGCCACCGCUGAAAGUGAUCGCCCCAAUGAGGACAGCCCUGAGCGGGCGUGCGCCGGAGCCUCCGCCUCCUUGCAGGCCGUUAGGAGGGACGAGGAGCCGGACGUGGAGGGAUACGACUCGGACGACUCCACCACGCUGGGAACCUUGGAGUUUAGCUUGCAGUACGACCAGGAGAACAAUGCACUGCACUGCACCAUUAACAGAGCCAAGCUUCCUAUUCCCAGGUACAAAAAGGGGCUCAAACCAAUGGACCACAAUGGGCUCUCAGAUCCUUAUGUCAAACUGCACCUACUGCCUGGAGCCAGCAAGGCCAAUAAACUCAGAACCAAGACUCUGCACAACACACUCAACCCCGUCUGGAGCGAGACGCUGACGUACUACGGCAUCACCGACGAGGAUAUGGUCCGCAAAACUCUCAGGAUCUCAGUGUGUGAUGAGGACAAGUUUCGCCACAAUGAGUUUAUUGGGGAAACGCGGAUUCCCCUCAAGAAGCUGAAGCCCAACCAAGUCAAAAACUUCAACAACUGCCUGGAAAAACAAUUACCAGUCAACAAAGCAGAGGACAAGUCUCUGGAGGAACGGGGACGGAUAAUGAUUUCUCUCAAGUACAACACCCAGAAGUCCUGCCUGGUAGUAGGCAUCAUACGCUGCGCACACCUUGCUGCCAUGGAUGCAAACGGCUUCUCUGACCCCUACGUCAAAACGUACCUGAAGCCUGAUGAGAACAAAAAGUCAAAGCACAAGACCGCUGUGAAAAAGAAGACUCUCAAUCCCGAGUUCAACGAGGAGUUCUGUUACGACAUAAAAUAUGCAGACCUCACGAAAAAGACUUUGGAGAUCACCGUGUGGGACUACGACAUCGGAAAGUCAAAUGAUUUCAUUGGUGGAGUAUCUCUGGGCAUCAAUGCGAAUGGUGAGCGGCUAAAGCACUGGUUCGACUGCCUCAAAAACAAGGACAAAAAAAUAGAACGCUGGCACACACUGACCAAUGAGUUACCAGGCUCACUGAACGAGUGAAGAUCUGCAUCCUGUCAUCAAACCCAAUGGCCUCCAGCCCCAACUGCCCGCACCCCAUCAGCUCUUCUCUUGAUUCUUCUCAAGUUGGACAACAAACUCCUCUCUAUGGGAAUAUAUUUCCUGUCAACAGGGCUAAAUUAUAUAUUACAGGUCUUGCACAUCACAACUUGCACGACUGCUUAUGUAACCUCCUUUCCAGUUAUCAAGUCCACCCAGAGAAUGAUGGGCUGUUGACUUCUUACUGUUCAGCUGUCUUGCAUGAUCGGUGAAGAUAAAGAAAAGUAAAUAGUCUCUGUUUGAUGAGGCCUUUUACAGCAGCUGAAUAAACUUCACAGAACAUAAAGCAGGAGAGAAACAAAACCACCUUCCUAUGUGAAACACAGCAGAAAUGUAGGCGAAAAUGAUACUGAAAGAGUAGCAAAUGUUUCCUAAUGUGGAUCAUCUCAAACUAACAUUUGGUCAUCAGACUUUUUUCUAAUAUUUUGUUUUGUAAAGACAAACCUGUGUGGGAAUAUGUUGCCAUUUUAUAUUGGUUUAACAUUUUACACAACAGACUGAUUAGUAGCUUUG